AUGUCUGCCCCCCUUCGAACUCUUGGCAGAAAUGGUCCCCAGGUGCCUGCCAUUGGUCUUGGUCUCAUGAGCAUUGGUGGAAUCUAUGGGUCAGCUGGUGCCCAAGAGGACAAUAUUGCUUUACUGGACCAUGCUCAUUCCACCGGCCAGCGAUUCUGGGAUACCGCCGAUAUGUACCUCGACAGUGAGGAUAUUGUCGGCGAGUGGAUCAAGAAAUCAGGAAAUCGCGGUGAUAUCUUCCUUGCUACUAAGUUCGGCAUCCAGUUUGACCCCCAGACCUUUGCCAUGGAAAUUAGGUCCGACCCCGAAUAUGUGAAGCUUGCUUGUGAGAAGAGUCUAAAGCGUCUUGGUGUGGAUACAAUUGAUUUGUACUACUGCCACCGCGUCGACACAGUCACCCCAAUUGAGAAGACCGUUGAAGCUAUGGUUUCAGCUGCGACCCUACGUCGUGCACAUGCUGUGCACCCUAUUACAGCUCUUCAGAUCGAGUACAGUCCUUUCGCACUUGACAUUGAACGGCCUACCGUCGACCUUCUCAACACCUGCCGCGAGCUAGGCGUAUCUGUCGUUGCUUACAGUCCCAUUGGCCGGGGUAUCCUGACUGGACAAAUUAAGUCUCCGGAUGAUUUACCCGCGCAUGAUUUCCGCCGUCAUCUUCCAAAGUACUCAGCAGAACACUUCCCUAAGAUUCUGGAGAUGGUUCAGGGCAUUCAAACAGUUGCCAAAGCCCAUGGAGCUACCAAUGCCCAGAUCGCCCUUGCUUGGCUUCUUGCACAGGGGUCUGAUAUCAUUCCGAUUCCUGGUACCAAGUCUGUCUCGAGAAUGGACGAGAACUUUGCCUCUGCCAAGAUUCAUUUGACCGAUAAGGAGGUCAAGGACAUCCGGGCAUUGGUUGAACGGGCAGAGAUUCUCGCUGGUCGCUACCAUGAAUCGUAA